CGUGCGCACACACAACCCCCAACCAAUGAAAUAAAGUAAAAACCCAAGGUCUGCCUCCGGGGCCAGAGACACCCGCCGGAACCGGACCAAGCGUUGGUUCUCCCAGCGAACUAGGGGGUGGGGGGAGGAAGGGAAAGGGGGAGAGUGAGAAGGACGCGGCUCAGGCCCCCUUCAUCAUCACCACCCCCGACACUUGCUGGGGUCCGGCUGGUCGACGGCGGCGGCGGGACGGUGGGGCGGCCCGAGCGCAUCUUGCUGCCAGCCGGAGCCCCUCGGAGCCCACCGCACACACUUGUAACCCCUCCCCUCCCCUCCCCCUAGCCCACCGGCUCGCUGCGACCCCCGCCCUCAGCCCCCUCCCUUUCCCCGCCCGCCUCCGCCCCCAUUCUUGGAAUUGUGUGGAAAAAUUCUCAGCCAAACCUCCCACCUCUCCUCUCCCCCAACCUCACUCCCUUUAAAAAACCCCCUUUCCUCCCCGGCCCCUGCACUCUUUGUGAAUGAGGGCAGGGAACACGGCCCUUCCCCCGCCCAGGAGCCACGCCAGACCGCCGCACUCAGAGGACUGUUUGUUAAUAGUCCAAUUAGAUAAUUGCCAUCUUUCACUCCUUUUGCUCCGCAUUUCCCAUAAAGGAAUGAAUGGGGAGAGCGGCGUGGAGAGGGCUUCUGCCCCGGCAAGGUGACGAGAAGGGCUGGAGCAUGCUCCUUGCACAAGGCCAUGCGCUUGAAUUGAAUCAUUGUGGCCUAAUCAAUGCUCUUAUUGGAUUACUGGCUGUUGCUUUUCUCAAAGAUAUUGUAGCAGAGACAAUGAAAUAGCUAGGGGAAAACUUUUUUUUUUUUUUUUUUGAAGCAGAUCUCACAGUUGAGAUUUUCUCGGCUCUCUCUCCCUCUCCCCCCUUCUCUCCUGCUGGACUCUCUGAGUACAAAGCUGCCCUUUGAAUGGGCUGCCUCAGGGCUGCUGGAGGUGCAGGCAUGAAAAAAUCCAACUGGAACUAAAUGAAGAGAGGUGGCAGUUUAAGAUGGCUGUCGGCGUCGAGGUGUGUUAAGAAGGAGCUGUUUGGGACGAAAGCUUGGCUUUUUAGAGUGUGGAGGAGAUACUUUUUGGGAAAACUUUUUCUCCUCCCUCCCUUUCUUUUUUUCCCCCUAGAGGCAACUGCUUUCUUCUGCUGCAGGGUGUGUAAGGGUUUUUGUUUUGUUUUGUUUUUUUCCCUCCCCCCUCCACCCUCAUUCAGCUCUAUCUGUGGAGUGUGGAGAAAACCCCUCUAGCCGGUAUGUGAACAGGAGGGUCAAAGGCAAAGGGAAAGUUAAUAAUGCCUGCUAAUGGUACUAACAAUUCAGGAUGAAUCUUGUCAAAAGUUUUUCUGGAAGUGUGGGUCUUUGAUUGUGUGUUUCCUGAAAGCAAGACCAAUCAUUUCCGUUUAUUCACUGGCUAAACCCCUACUUGAUUGGGGACAAGGACAGAAACCAUCCAUUACGAUCUGAUAUAUUAUCCAAACAAUUUAGUGUAUUCAUGAGGUAACCGAAACGUGGGGGCUGCGAAAUUACCCGUAAUCAAUUGCAACAGCGAGUGUGCGUCCCCCCGGGUGUCGGACAACUGCAACUCGCGGUCUCAGUAAUAGGCGGGAGCCGCAGCAAUUCGGAGUUGCGCUGCUCGCUACCUGAUCGCCAGGCUGGGGACACUGGACGUGCUCAGAGGACGCGGGCGCUGACGAGGCGGCCUCGCCGCUGCUCCACCGGGAUCCUGGACCAGACCCGCCGCCUCUCGGCGAGCGCGCCACUCGGCGGUCGCCGCUGACCCGCCCGCGGCCGCCGCAGCCGCCCCGCGGGGACAUUCAUUCCGGCCGCUUGCCUCUCUCUGGGCCGGGCGUAGGGGCUGCAUUGUAGGGGUUUUGUCCCCCUCUGCCUUUUUUUUUCUUUUCUCCUUUUUUUUUUUUUUUUUUGUUUUUUGUUUUUUGGGGUUUUUGUUGUUGUUGUUGUUGUUGCUCUUGCCUCUCCUAUGUUUGGGAAAACAGACAAAAUGGACGUUCGGUGCCACUCGGACGCAGAGGCUGCCAGGGUCUCGAAGAACGCGCACAAGGAGAGCCGGGAGAGCAAGGGCGCGGAGGGGAACCUCCCUGCUGCCUACCUCAAGGAGCCGCAGGGCGCCUUCUCCGCGUCGGGCGCCGCGGAAGAUUGUAACAAAAGUAAAUCCAAUUCCACAGCCGACCCGGAUUACUGCCGCCGGAUCCUGGUCCGAGAUGCCAAGGGGUCCAUCCGAGAGAUCAUCCUGCCCAAGGGCCUGGACCUGGAUCGGCCCAAGAGGACGCGCACGUCCUUCACUGCGGAGCAGCUCUACAGGCUGGAGAUGGAGUUCCAGCGCUGCCAAUACGUGGUGGGCCGCGAGAGGACGGAGCUUGCGCGGCAGCUCAACCUCUCCGAGACCCAGGUGAAGGUCUGGUUCCAGAACCGGCGCACGAAGCAGAAGAAGGACCAGGGCAAGGACUCAGAGCUGCGCUCGGUGGUAUCUGAGACGGCUGCCACGUGCAGCGUGCUGCGACUGCUGGAGCAGGGCCGCCUGCUGUCGCCGCCCGGCCUGCCCGCUCUGCUGCCGCCGUGCGCCACGGGCGCUCUCGGCUCCGCGCUACGCGGGCCCAGUCUGCCGGCCCUGGGCGCGGGCGCCGCCGCGGGCUCGGCCUCCGCCGCCGCUGCCGCCGCCCCGGGUCCCGCGGGCGCCGCGUCCCCUCACCCACCGGCCGUGGGCGGCGCUCCGGGUCCCGGGCCCACCGGGCCAGGGGGACUGCACGCGGGCGCACCGGCCGCCGGCCACGGCCUCUUCAGCCUGCCUGUGCCCUCGCUGCUCGGCUCGGUCGCCAGCCGCCUGUCCUCCGCCCCGUUGACAAUGGCGGGUUCGCUGGCCGGGAAUUUGCAAGAACUCUCCGCCCGAUACCUGAGCUCCUCGGCCUUCGAGCCUUACUCCCGGACCAACAAUAAAGAAGGGGCCGAGAAAAAAGCGCUGGACUGAUUUUAAGUGUUUCCCUGUAUUUAUAUUUAUAGUAUCUAUUGUGGUGAUAUUUAUGGACACGCGCGUUUGGCGCCGGGGCUCCUGCGCUGGGCUCCCGGCUCCCACGAGGCGUCUGACAGCUCUUCUUCCCCACCAGGCUCUGCUACCAGUAUUAUCCCAUUUGAGUUUUUUUUUUUUUUUUUCUCCCUACCUUUCCUCUGUGUCGUUCUCCUCCCCUCCGCCCCUAACUUCCUUCUGAAUCCAGGAGAAUCCAAAGAAUUGGGGCAAAAGCCUAAGUUAGCGAACCUGAUGCCCCCAACCAGUGACGGCUCUGGAGGGAAAAGACUGGUUCUAAGUCCAAAGCACAGAACACCUGCUCCAUAUUGGGCCACUGCUGCCGUUGAUUAGUCUUAUGAAUAUUUGAAAAAGGAAAGCUGCACGCAGACCCCAGCUGAAAAGAUUUCACUAGACCAAAAAGGAGGACGUUCCUUCCUCUCGCCAGAGAAACCAGGGCUUUUUGAAGCCCCUGGGCCCCACUUUGCGGACCUCUCCGGAAAGUCGAUGCAUAUUCAGCUUCCUGGCUGGACAAAUCCUGCCGAAUUUUCUCCUCUUUAAAGAAACUCCAAUCACAACCACCCCUGACCCCAGGAGACAAUAAACCAAACAUCCUGAUAGGCAACGGUGGUAAUAAAUUUGAUCUAACCAGCAAUAAAACAAGAGGAACAACUACCACACAAAACCAAAUGAAGUGGAACCAGUUUUUAAAUAUUCAUAACAAUGGAGUUUGGAAGGCUUAAGAAAAUUCAGAAUAGAAAAUGUAUCCCAGGGCAAUGCAAAAUUAAAGUUCUGGGUGUGAUGACUUUAAACAGGAAUUUAAAAGGGAAAAAGCAAAAGGAAAGCCCACGCCGCCGAUGAAAUAAAAUUCAGAAUCUUUUCUGAGGCUGUUCCAGGAGUUGGCCGACAGCUUCACCCUCCUCCAGGAGAGAGAUCAGUGCAGCUCGCGGCAGCUCCCGGACCCGGCGCUUUUCCCCAUCGUGUCCUCGACGGGUGACUCUGGGUAGAAUUGUUGGGUUUGGAAAUGAAUCAGUGCCCAUUGCCUCCUCUCCCCCACUCCCCUGAUUCACAAAGCCCUUCCAGCAAACAUGAAGAGCCCGGAUUUCAGAAUUCUUUGCGGACCAGGAGGCAGGGUGGCGGUAAAGGACAGUAGGGCCGCCGGCCUCCUCUGUCAGUAAUCUCUAUAUUCCGGAUCAGUUCCUUGCAUGGAUAGGAAAGGCAGCCCUCUCCACCCCCUCCUCUAAAAAAGCCCCAGGGUUUCCAUGGUUCCAAGACAGAAACCCGAACCGCGAUGCCGUCGCGGCCUCACCCCUUACCCGCGCAACAACCACCGUCCCCACAGCCACCGCCACCCGCAUUUUAACCAAAACCACAGACCCAGGCGGGGAGGUGUCGCAGUGUCUAGAAUGUAUUCCUCCAUCCGACGCCAGCGCAGAGCAUUUAAAAAAUAGUAAUUUUAUUGUAAAUUAUUUAAGUCGGAAGCUUUUUUCCUUUUUUUUUUUUUUUAGGCAAAUAGUGAAGAAAAUAAUGAUUCAAACGCGGGUAGGUGUCACUGAAUCCUGGCUACUAACUUUGUUCUGAAUGUUUUGGAUAUUUGGAUGUUUUGUAUUUAUGUGGUGAGAGUGAAAUAUAUAUAUCUAUGAUGAUAAAUGAGGUGUAUUUUUGUCUUGUAUUUGAAGGAUAAAAAAACACAAAAAAAGAAGAAAAGGAAGAAAGACCCAGCAAGUGAUGUCUCAGCGUGGGGACUCCUGGGGCAGAGGGUGGCAGCCCUGGCAGUGCUGGGCCCUACAACUGGUACUGUGAACGCCUGGGAUGAGGUCUGAGGAGGAUUCCGGUCCCGGGGGACAGAGGUGCCUGGCUAAGAUGUUUGUUCCACGUCCCUGAGUGUCUUACUCUCUGGCCCUCUAUUCCAAUGCUGUCGGAACUUCAGGUCCUCCCUCUUCGACUUCCCACUUGGUGUUUCUUGUUUUAUUUAGAAAUUUGUCUCUGCACACCCUAGAGUUCCUAAUAACUCUCCCUGCUUCUAGAG